CUCCCUGACCAUACAAUAAUGACUCUCUCCAAGGAUGUGGAGUAUCAGGCCCCUAAUACUACUCCCAGCACCGGGAAGGUGCCCGCUCUGGAAGGCAUGGAUUACAGUAGCAGUCUUGAGCAGAUGGAGGGGAUCUUCCAGUCGGUGGAGCCCCCCAGAAGGUCCACUGGCAGGCUGCUUAUGCAUGGCAUGGCCAUGUUUGGGAGGGAGUUUUGUUACGCGGUGGAAGCCGCUUAUGUCACCCCUGUCCUACUGAGCGUUGGACUCCCUAAGAGCUUGUACAGCCUGGUCUGGCUCAUCAGCCCCAUCUUGGGUUUCGUUCUGCAGCCGGUGGUAGGAUCUGCCAGUGACUACUGUCGGUCUCGCUGGGGCAGACGGAGACCCUACAUCCUGGCGUUGGGGAUUCUGAUGGUUUUGGGUAUGACGCUCUACCUCAAUGGUGACACGGUGAUAACCGCUAUAUUUAGGAACCGCAACAGCCCGGAGAAGAGGACGUGGGCCAUCGUCAUCACAAUGCUGGGGGUUGUGGCUUUUGACUUUGCUGCGGACUUCAUUGACGGGCCGAUCAAAGCCUAUCUGUUUGAUGUGUGCUCUCACCAGGACAAGGAGAGAGGCCUGCACUACCACGCGCUGCUCACUGGACUAGGAGGAGCAUUGGGUUAUCUCACUGGAGCCAUGGACUGGGGGUCCACAUUUCUUGGAAGAUUGAUGGGUUCAGAAUUUCAAGUCAUGUUUUUCUUCUCCUCUUCCGUCUUCCUGCUGUUCCUUGUGGUACAUCUGUGCAGCAUUCCGGAGACUCCUCUGAAGGUCGAAAUAUCUGAAACCAAACUUCUCCUCAGACAUGAAGGGCUUAAGGCUUAUGGGUCUAUAGACACCACACAGAAUAAUAACUUCAAGAAGAACGAACCCAAAAUAAGAUCUCUGUCUUACGUAGAAGGCGAGGAAGAAGACAUCACAAAGGUGCAGAAGCGAAUGACUCUGAAGUCUCUGGUCCGCGCCCUCCUAACCAUGCCGUCUCAUUAUCGUUACCUGUGUGUGAGCCACCUCAUCGGAUGGACGGCCUUCCUCUCAAACAUGCUUUUCUUUACCGAUUAUAUGGGGCAGAUUGUUUACCAUGGAAAUCCAUAUGCACCUCAUAACUCUACCGCGUACCUCAUCUAUGAGCGAGGGGUGGAAGUAGGAUGCUGGGGCAUGUGUAUUAAUGCCAUCUCUUCAUCCUUGUACUCCUACUUACAGAAGGCGCUUCUACCCUACAUUGGAUUAAAGGGCCUUUACUUUGUUGGCUACCUCCUUUUUGGAUUAGGAACCGGCUUCAUAGGGUUGUUCCCCAACGUUUAUUCUACACUGGCCCUGUGUUCGCUCUUUGGGGUGAUGUCUAGUACGCUGUAUACUGUGCCUUUCAAUCUGAUCUCCGAAUACCAUAGAGAAGAAGAGGCUGAAGCAGAGCUGGAUGUGAAGACGAGCAAAGUGCACCGUGGAAAAGGAAUAGACUGUGCGGCUCUUACCUGCAUGGUUCAGCUGGCUCAGAUUAUUGUUGGUGGUGGCCUUGGCUUUUUGGUCAGUCUCGCUGGGAGUGUGGUGGUUAUUGUCAUUUUUGCCUCUACGGUGUCAUUGAUUGGCUGCUGCUUUGUUGCAAUAUUUGUCAGAUAUGUUUAG